UCCAGCCAUUCCUCCCACCUCCCUCCCCCCCCGGCUUUGGCCGUUGUUGCAUCACCAUCCACCAGUCCAACUCACUAUCGCUGCAUCCUAAUCUGCGUAUACGAUAUCUACUCGGCUUAGGUGCAGAUGUCUAGGGAUCGGCCGCCGCAAGAGUGAUUGGCAUCCUGCUCGCGACCUCGCCGUGUCGACCCCAACCCGCUCGAUGACACGUAGAUAGAUCACGCGGAAAUCCUCCAUCCUGUAUUCCCGUAACCUCCAUCAACCGCUUGCGCGGGCCUCUGCGCGAAUACCCCACAAGCCCGCCACAUGGAGUCGCGAUAACCUCCCUGCCGGCCGGGGGGCCAGCAAACGUCUGUCGGCAGCGUCUGCCGAACUGCCCAACCGCGCGCCGCGGGUCGAUGACUUCCGGCCGGAUCUACCUCUGUACUACCCCCCGGCUCCGGAUCCCGUAGCCGUGUUCCAAGAGAGAAUUUCAAGCCAUUCAUCCCUCACAACACCGCACUUCAGGAUCGUGCCGUCCAUCCCCUCCAUCAAGCAGGUCCCGGAGCCGCUUUUCUACAGCGCAGAGGUCAUGAAAAAAGUGCCGCCCCGGGCCAAAAGGAAAGUCCAGACCGGGAAGGACACAAGGGACCAGAAGCCGAGAAAAUCGAAUAAGAUCUUCAUCCUAGGCAUCGAUCGACACGCUAAACUCCUCGCCCACAGUCUCGCAGCCGUACCUGGCCUGCCCCCCACCCAAAUCCUGGCUCACGACAUGCUGGCUAUGACCAAGUGGGGGGAGGAGGGUAGGUCGAUCGAUAUCCGUGACUUUAAUGGAAAGUUCCUGUCCUCGAGAAAGAUCCGUUGCCCGGAAUAUAUCGGUCAUCGUCGCGUUCGGUCCAGGUUUCUCUCCAACUUAUCUCCAAUGACCAACAUUGUUGUUAGUACGGCGACGAGGGCCGUAAUCCCAACCCUCUAUUCCCUGCGGUACUACAUCGACCGCCAUACAACCGUCUGCUUGGUCCACCCGGGGCUCGGGGUCAUGGAGGCAUUGAACGAAGAGGUCUUCACCAACCCUGCCCUACGGCCGAAUUACGUGCUUUGCCACAGCAUCCACAAACUCGGCCAGCACUCGAGUGAUUAUUACUCCCUAAAGCACGCACCGGGUCGUAUGUUCUUGUACGGCAUGCCCAGAGAUGACGGCGGCGGCGCCGACAUACCCUUACGUGUCGCCACCUCACUCAGCUACGGGCAUACCCAGCAUUUGAUCGCCCUUCUCGCCGCGGCCGAGGAGCUCGGCGCCGUAAACCUGCCUCGGCACCUCUUCCUGCAGCAGAAGCUACCGAUGAUGAUCUUCUCCUCCCUCCUGGACACGAUAUCCGUCAUCCUGGGCUGCCGGUUCGACCACAUCCGGCACGACGAGCACGCGAUGCACCUGUGGGAGAACAUGCUCCGGGAGACGCUGGCCAUCGUGUCGGCGCUACCCGAGUUCCACGACUUCCCGGAGAUCGUCGAGUGGUUCAACCGCCCGCGGUUCGCCGGCUACCUCAAGGGGAAGCUGACGUCGAGGCGCUACGUGAGCGGGUACAGCGAGUGGAUCUCGCUCGUCCGCCGCGGCUUCGAGCCGCCCGUCGACUUCCUCAACGGCUACUUCGUCCGCCGCGCCCGCGAGCUCGGCUUGAGCUGCCACUACAACACCAUGUCCGUCUUCAUGGUCAAGGCCCGCCUCAACUCCCGCCGCCGCGAGCUCAACCUCGGCAUCCCCCUCGGCCUCCAGCCCUACACGAUGGACGACGACAAGAUCGGCGGCGGCCAGGACGUGUUCGAUCCCAAACUCGACGGCGACUUGGAUGCGUGAGCCUCGGCGCCUCGUUCCCUUUUUUUGUUUGUCGUUGUGUAUGUAUGUAUGUAUGUAUGUAUGUAUGUAUAUGCAUCUACGUAGAAGGUAACCUACCCAUCUACCGUGGCGCGCCACGGGCCUGUAAAACGAAUGGAGAUACACGUUCAAACUUG